AUGGUUUGUGGCUACCAGGUAACAGAACAGGUACAGAACAUUAUGAUGAGGGACCGGAGUUUUACCUGGCGCCCUGUGCCGGAAUUAGAGAGCCGAUAUAUGACACCGUAUGAGUGUUAUGAAAACACAACUGGACGCGAACCAUUUCUCCUCUUCGACGACGGUGAACAGAACAACAGAAUGAUUGCAUUCGCUACAUCAGAGAACCUGGCCGAACUUGCAGCCUCCGAUGUAAUCUUCAGUGACGGCACCUUCUACACCUGUCCUACUAUAUUUUACCAGAUUUACAGCAUUCACGUACAGAUUGAAGGCAUCAUGACCCCAGUUGCAUAUGCACUACUUCCCGGAAAGAGCCAGGCUAUCUACAACCGUUUCUUCACGCUACUACAGGAGCACAUGGCAAACUUCCAGAUUCCAUUCCGACCCACAACAGCCUUCGUCGAUUUUGAGCUACGUCACAGAGCAAUGGGUAGAAGGAGACCGACCAACCUGGAACCACUUCUCAACAGAAGGACCUCGGACUACCAACAAUCUAGAAGCUUGGCACGGAAAACUGAAGAAAAGAGUACUGCAUGCCCACCCCAUCAACUACACCAACAUCCAGACGUUAAAGGACAUACAGAACGUGAAUGA